CUGCAUUUAUCCCAACACCCGACUCCACCUCUCCGAAACGGGACAAAUAUAAUUUAUUAGGACUUAAUCAGAAACAGGCUCCAUUAAUCGCAUUGGUUUCAUUGGUGUUCUGAAACAAUGGAGUUAUACGGGAAGAUGGCUGCUACACAAGACAACAAACAGAAGGAGAACUCUGAGCAGAACUUUGAUUACAUGUUCAAGCUGUUGAUAAUCGGAAACAGCAGCGUUGGAAAAACAUCUUUCCUCUUCCGCUACGCUGAUGAUACCUUUACAUCUGCCUUUGUCAGUACGGUGGGCAUCGACUUCAAGGUCAAAACUGUCUAUAAGGAUGACAAAAGGAUAAAGCUUCAGAUCUGGGACACAGCAGGGCAGGAGAGGUACAGGACUAUCACCACAGCUUACUACAGAGGGGCCAUGGGCUUCAUCUUAAUGUAUGACAUCACUAACGAGGAGUCUUUUGCUGCUGUGCAGGACUGGUCGACCCAGAUUAAGACAUACUCUUGGGACAAUGCCCAGGUGAUCCUCGCAGGAAACAAAUGUGACAUGGAGGAGGAGAGGAUAGUGUCUGUGGACAGUGGAAGACUAUUAGCAGAACAAGUGGGUUUUGAAUUUUUUGAGACAAGCGCAAAGGACAACAUCAACGUCAAGCAGACAUUUGAACGCUUGGUGGACAUAAUUUGUGACAAGAUGUCCGACACUCUUGAGGCUGACCCUGCUGUUUCCACAGGAACGCCCACUACCAGACUGACAGACAACCCAACGCCUCCUCAACUGUCUGACUGUAGCUGCUAGUGCUUACUGUUCAGGCUGUUCGCUUUAGUGGCUCGAGUGCUGUUGCCAAGCUUCUAUAUACUGAGACAGAUAUAUAGAACACAUGUGUCUGACCUUGUCUGUCCUCUAUGCCAUUAUACCAGUAUACAGGUCUUAUUUCAGGGGUUGUUAGUGUACCUAUAUUCCCUCUUCCUUGUAUUAGUCAUUUUAGUAAAGCAGGAAUUAGUUGAACCUUGCAGGCUUCACAAACAUUCCCAUGUAUCUCAGGGGAAUUAUGAAUAUCUGGAAAUGUAUAAAUUCUACACACUUGUCUAACUUAUGUGUAGUGUACUUAGAGGGUGUUGUACUAUUGCAUUUUGCUGAUGAAUUGGUUGGAUAUAUUUUGUGUGAUUGUGAAAGCUGAAAAGUACAGACACAAUAAAUGUGG